GACUAGAGGCAGCUGUGAAGAGACCAUGGCAGGGUUUCAUGUCCGUAGUGUCCUGGUGACUGGAUCCAAUCGGGGAAUUGGCCUGGAGCUGAUCAAGCGUUUUAUUGGGAAACCGAACCCACCAGAAGUGAUCUUUGCCACCUGCCGGGACCCAGAGGGAGUGCGAGCGCAGGAACUAAAAAAUUUGGCUUCCAAGCACCCAAACGUAGUGAUUCUGCAGCUAGAAACUACAGACUCAGCGAGCAUCAAGGCUGCUGCAAUAAAAGCUGAGGCGCAUCUGGGAGGAACUGGCCUAAAUUUGCUGAUAAAUAAUGCUGGCGUUAUGCCACCAAGCACACUUGAGUCAGCCACUCCUGAAGAUAUGUUAAGCGUCUAUAACACAAACGUUGUUGGGCCACUGUUAGUGACCCAGGUGUUCCUGCCCUUGCUGAAGAAGGCUGCCCAGGGAAGCAACCAGAAAGGGAUGAGCUGCAGCAAGGCAGCCAUUGUCAACAUCUCCACUGUUCUGGGAUCCAUUGAGAAAACUCCUGAAACAUUCUCCUUCGUGCCAGUAGUCUCCUACCGCUGCAGCAAGGCAGCGCUAAACAUGCUCACAAAGUGCCAGUCGAUGGGAUACAAGCAAGAUGGGAUCCUGUGCAGUGCGCUGCACCCGGGCUGGGUGAAAACCGAGCUGGGAAGUGCUCAGGCAGACCUGACGGUGGACGAGAGCGUGAGCGGGCUCAUUAAGGUGAUUUGUGAACUCUCUGAGAAACACCAUGGUGUCCUGAUGAGCUGGGAAGGAAACACCCUGCCCUGGUGAGAACCUGGCAUGCAGGAGGAAGGAAUCAAGCGGCAGCAUCUGCGGAGCACUCUGGCAUCUCUCUGUGCGUGCAUCAUGAAUAAAAAUCUCUACCUGAACUGGA